AUGAUGAUGAGACUAGCUUUGGCCACGAACCGGGACCUCCCCGCACUGCUCAGAUACAACCUGCGCCAGGACAUCUUCCUGGUCUUCAUGAGCCUCGUCGGUGGACUGAUACAGGGCAGCGCCGUCCUCUUCAACACGCCUUUGCCUCUGGAAGUCAUCGGUGGCCUGGCCUACCUGGGCUUGGCCAGUACGGCCAUCUACUUCGCAGUGACCGGUGCCUGCAUCUACUCCAUUGUCAUCAGUCCCAUCACCGAGCUUGCCGAAUUCCAGAUCUUUGACACCGCCCCGAGUCUUUACCAUGUUCUCUGCAUCUGCAAGACGUUUAUUCAUGGCUUCUUCCUACCUUCCUACUGCAAGGAUGGCGAUGAGGACACUGCCAAGUACUUCGACCAGUACAGUAGCAGCCUUGGACUGCAACCCACAGCUUGGGAGGCCGCAGGCACCUGCCAGGUGGAAGAGGCCUUCAUUCUCAAGGUUUUGCGCGAUGUGGUGGACCAGGAGAUUCUCAAGAAGGAAGAGGUCAGCUCAGAGCUCGAAUCGCAGCUGGAGGCCCUGUGGGACCUUUGCGUGGACGAUGCCACAGCCCAGGCGGUGGUACGCUUCAAAGGCUUGGAGAUCCUCCUGCAGGCAUCCUCCUCGGGCGAGGGGCGCGUGGCAGAGGCGGCGCUCGGCGCAGUGGCAAAUGUUUGCUCGCACUGGGUGGCAAAGCCUGCCCACGAGCUUGCGGAUGUCGCACAGAUCGCCGGCGCCGCGAUGAACAUCCUUGCCACGCCUGACGCAGCAGUGGCUGAGCAGGCUCUUCGAAUUGUCUUUUCAUUACUGUGCUGCAACGAUGCUCCGAAGGCCACCCUGUGGUGCGCCACGGCGGUGGAGCGCUACAUCUUCAUCGUGGAGAGCUCCCUUCGAUGGGGUGCGGUCCGCUUCGCUUGCGACGCGCUGGCGCAGGGCAUUGCCCUCGAGGCACAGAUGGGCGGACCCAACGCAGAGGCGCCCUGCGAAUCUCUGUCUGCGCUGGGUCGCCUGAGCGCUUUGGCCUUGGUCGCAAAGCGUUGUGAAGAGCUGGCGGCGGCCAUCGAGGAGGGUGUCGAUGGAGCAGAAGGCGACGGAGAUCCGGAAACGGUGCUCUGGUCGGUCUUGCGUUUGAUCGACAGUUUGCUGACCGUGAUGGCUUGCUCCGACUCCGAGGCCACCGCGGCGCUUGCGGCGGCCUUGGCCGCACUCCACGCGGCGCAGCGGCCCGAAGCGCAGGUGGAGGCAUUGGAGGUAAUUUCAACCCUCUUCGAGGCGCAAAGCGCGGCUGAUGCGGAUUCACGGCUGCUGCUGCAGGCUUCAGAAUCCCUCAAGUCUGACGCUGACAUGGUUGAGAAGCUCGUAUUGCUUCUCCCCGACCUGGACGAGGACAGCCAAAGCAUCGCCUUGAUGGCACUCGUGCUUCUUCAGUCAGCUCGUUCGGAGGACGUCCAGAACCAUGCAGAGGUCAUCAAGGAAGCGAUGGCAUCCUUCAGCAAGACGCAGUUGGAGGAUGCUGGAGUGCCGGGAGAUACUGACACUUUCCAGCCUGGAGAGAGCAUAUCGUCAACCAUUGGAGGACCUUUGAAUUUCUAUCGGUUUCAGAUGACGCUGUUUCCCCAUGGAUUGAAAGAGGAGGAGGGUCUGCUGGACAGGUAUGUGGCAGUCAAUGUGCAGAUGCUGCCUCCGCGAGAGCUUGCGGGUUGCAGUUGGAGCUGCGAGGAAGUCGAGGUGGAGGUGGUACUUCACAACUGGUACGAUUAUGGUGUUCAUUGCUGGGACGUCAUGACUUUUCAGAACAGCGACGAUACCUGUCGCUUCGGUUCUAUCCUGCCCAGCAACAGUUUGCAAGUGGACCUGGGCUGGCUGAACUCUGAGAAGAAAGUCUUGGUGGUGGGAAGACUGAAGCUUCCUGUUCCCAAGGAUGUUUUUGGCGAGAGCAUCCGGGCCUUGGACUUGAGUCAAGAAGUCACGCAAGUCACCUUCCAGUUGUCCCAAGGACCUCGCCUGUUCAUGGACAAGCGCCUGCUCAUCAGCCGCUCGGAGUAUUUCAAAGAGAUGCUCAGCGAGCCCAAGUGGAAGGAGGCCAGGACCAACAUCAUCGACCUCAGAAGCGACACGUCCGUCGAUCAUCGCUCUUUCAGCGCGCUGCUGUUCUUUAUCAUGUCCAACACCUUCACAGCUGGUGGUGACACCAACUUCGCCUUUGCUGUCCGACGGCUGGCAGACAGAUAUAGCCUCCCUCAGCUGGUCGAGAAGAUCGAGGUGGAGCUAGUGAACAUGCUGUCCGCCGACAACGUCCUCGCGUUCCUGGGCCAAGUGGUCGGCAGCGGAGGCCUCCUGGAGCUGGCCUGCCUGGAGAUGAUCAAGGCCGACGAAUGCGAGAUCCUGAAAUCGAAGCACGAGACGCUGGACCAGAUCAUCGAGGAUCACCCGGACCUGGCCAAGCGCAUCAUGCGGCUCUUAGUUGGCCGCACUGGGAAGAAACGCCCUCUCGGGGGCGACUGA